CCCCCCCCCCCCCUCCCCGCUCCUUUCCCGGUGUCACCGUGUGGGGACAGCACCGGGACCCCCCCCCGGGACCCCCCCCGGGACCUUCGGGGCUCGAGGAAGGGGGAACCGAAAGGGUUCCUCGCGGGGCUGGGGGCUGGGGUGUCGCAGUUCCCCCAUGGAAGGUGAGGAAGCAGCCGCCCGUCUCAUGGAGGCUCCCCUUAGUGACGAGGACGCCCAGGAGCUGCCAGAAGAGGGUGAAAAUGGAGCUGAAGGAGCAGCAGCCAUGGAGGAGCUGACUGGGACCGAGGACACAGAGGAUGGAGGUGUCCCCACGGGGCUCCUGCAGCCGGACAGGGACAUGUUGUGCUCCAGCUCUGUGGACGGUGGAGCAGACACCCUUCUGAAGCCCUCAACUGCCUCGAUGGACAGGCAGAGGAGCACUGAGCUCUCAGCCCUUGACAGCUUCCCCCUGAAGCACUCAAACACGCUGACGAACAGGCAGCGCGGCAACGAGGUCUCGGCCCUCCCAGCCACGCUGGACACGCUGUCCAUUCACCAGCUAGCUGCUCAAGGUGAGCUCAGCCAGCUGAAGGAGCACCUUCGGAAAGGGGAGAACUUGGUAAAUAAACGUGACGAGAGAGGUUUCACGCCGCUGAUCUGGGCUGCAGCCUUUGGAGAGAUCGAAACGGUCCGUCACCUGCUGGAAUGGGGUGCUGACCCCCACGCGCUGGCGAAGGAGCGGGAGAGCGCCCUGUCCCUGGCCAGCAUGGGCGGCUACACCGACAUCGUCAUCAUGCUGCUGGAGAGGAACGCAGACAUCAACAUCUACGACUGGAACGGCGGCACUCCUCUGCUCUACGCCGUGCGCGGCAAUCACGUCAAGUGUGUCGAGGCCCUACUAGGUAACGGGGAAGAUCCGCGCUUAAUCCUCGGCCUCGAGUUGUGGCUUGUUGCUCGUGGUGCCGACCUGACGACAGAAGCAGAUUCUGGCUACACCCCGAUGGAUCUGGCCGUGGCCCUGGGGCACAAGAAAGGCAAGUGUCCCUUCCACACUUGGCAGGGAGCCCUGACUUCCCUCCGCAGCGACCCUACAGGCAGCUCCCAGCCCAGCUCAGGGCUUUCUUUGACCUUCCACCACAGCUCCCUGCUCUGCCAUGCAGAGAAACUCAGCCAGAGAAGUCAGAUUAGGUCCUGUUCCCCUUGCUCCCCCUCCAAACCAGAGCUGUGCUGGCAGUGGGACCGGGACAGGAGAGAUGGGCCCCUGGAGAAAGGGAUUUUCCAGCUUCCCCUUGGAAAACAGGAGCCAAAGAGUGCCCAGGUCCUACCCACAGCUGAAACGGGUUCUUACAGGCUCGGCUUCCCUGGUUUCACCUCUCUCCCUUCUCUUCCCCUCAUUAGUCCAACAGGUUAUUGAAAAUCACAUCCUCAAGCUAUUCCAGAACAAAGGGUUGGAGUGACAGUGGCUCACUCUGCAGCACCAGCGCUUCUCUUGGCCGACGCAGGGCUCUCUUCUGGGACCAACGUGGCCUGACCCAGCGGUCCCAAAACGGGCAGCAGCACAGUGCUUCAAGCAAGGAGCACGUGGAGGAAGCUGUGAACCAACCGCUUGGCCUCGGCGGAUUUAGGCCACUCCUGGAAGAUGGCACGGCCUCGGUGCCUCGCACCCAGGGACACUCACUCCUCAGGGCAGCUGCAUUUCUGCUCCUUCUGGACUCAGCUGCUUCGUGCGUGCAUUCAAGUAUUGCAUUUUUUUGGAAGUAAACCCUAAAAGCAGC